GCCCAAGCGGUGGUCUCGGAAGGUAAGGUCUAUGCUUCAGGGAGUGUGGGAUGCGACAAGGACUUCGUGUUGGUGCCAGGCGGGAUUAAGCCUCAGACACGUGCAGCCCUUGAGAACCUUGGAAGGGUAUUGAAAGCUGCUGGCUCGGGGUUGCAACAUAUCGUGAAAGCAAAUUGCUACCUGAGCAAUAUGCAGAGGGACUACGUUGCGAUGAACGAAGCCUAUCUCGAGGGCGAUCCUCCGGCUCGUACUUGCGUGGGAGUUGUGGCUCUUCCAUUGGGCGCAGACGUAGAAAUCGAGUGCAUAGCCGAAGUCCCUUGA